AUGGACAAAGAUACUUCACGCCGCGUUAAUGGGAUUAAAACACUGGACGAACUACGCGCAUUGAACGCACGAAACGAUAAAUUAGUGAAAGAUUUCGGCAUCGAUGUGGUCACAUUCGCCGAUCCUGCCCCGGAGCUGCUCGAACAGUUCGCCCAGAUCCGGCUCCUGACGGGGCUCUGCAUCGAGCGGCCAGAAAUGUCGUACCUCGACGAGUGGCUCUACCAGCAGGAACUGAGCCGGCUCGAGGGCAACACGCAGGCAAUAACGCUAAACCUAGACAUCGAAUCGCUCAAGCUACGAUGCACUACCGAGACGGCGGAAGUGGCCCGCCUGGAGAGCUUUCUCGAGCAAACGCAGGAACUGACCACACCGACCGAGGAGUUCGAAAAGAAGAAAGCUACGCUGGAGAAGAACCUCGAGGUCGUUAAAAGCAGGCAUGAAACGCUCCCAAACAUCCCGGACGACAUUAACCUAGACGAACUGAUCGCGAACGUUCGCCGCCUGGAAGAGGACGACGCAGCACGUGGUGGAGAUAAGUGAGCGGGAAUCCGCGCCACGAGAAGACGGAGAACGCAAAAAUGAAAGCAAGAUAGCGAGAAGAAGGGGCAAAAAAAAACAUAUUCAUGCCGUCUGGCGGGGAAUCACAGAA